ACUGUUUUGUAUGUAUGUGUGUGUGCGUGUGUGGGUCUCUGCCGUGUUUUUGUGCCGCCGCUUAAAAUCGAAAUUAAUAGUGUUUGCUGUUGCCCAACGACCGAAAUUUAGGCCAUUAUAAAUUAUUAGUAUUCCCACGGAGUAACCAACGAGAUCAGAUCACCCCCAGGAGGGCGGCGAGCAGUGAAAAAACGGUAGGCAAAUCGGUAGUGGAACAACAAAUGUUUCGUCAAUUUCGCGGAUAGGUGGCAACACCGGGCCAGCGCUGCCACCAUUUCAGAGUUCGAAAAACACAGUGUUGCACUGAUAUUUUGGAUAUAUUAUCAACAAUCCUCCAGUUUUUGGCGUGACGGCAGCCAAACACUAAACACAACAUUUGUUUUCCUCUCUUCGCUCUCUUCGCCCACUGGCUCAUCCCGCCCGUUGCUCUCUUAUCCUUGUUUUUUUUGUUUGUAUUGUUUGUGUGUGCUUAUCACAAAAAAAAAGGAGACAACGCGCCAACACCCACAGUAGCAGUACCAGCAGCAGCAGCAGCAGAGCAGAGAGCAGCAGCAGCAGAGAAGCCGCCGUGGAAGACAGAGCUCCGUAUUCCAGUUCCUCCUCCGGUACGAGUCCUUUGCAACAUGGACAGCAAGGGUCGCAAUGUCAUUGUCUGUGAUAACGGCACAGGGUUCGUCAAGUGCGGAUAUGCCGGCAGCAAUUUCCCCGCCCACAUCUUCCCCUCGAUGGUGGGGCGACCGAUCAUCCGGGCGGUGAACAAAAUCGGUGACAUCGAAGUGAAGGAUUUACAUGUCGAUGAUCUGAUGGUCGGCGAUGAGGCGUCACAGCUGCGAUCCCUCCUGGAGGUGUCCUAUCCGAUGGAGAACGGUGUGGUGCGAAACUGGGAGGACAUGUGCCACGUGUGGGACUAUACGUUCGGACCCAAAAAGAUGGACAUCGAUCCAACGAACACAAAAAUCCUGCUGACCGAGCCGCCCAUGAAUCCUACGAAGAAUCGCGAAAAAAUGAUCGAGGUGAUGUUUGAAAAGUAUGGUUUCGAUUCCACGUACAUUGCCAUCCAGGCAGUGCUAACGCUAUACGCCCAGGGUCUCAUCUCCGGCGUGGUGGUGGACUCCGGCGACGGUGUAACGCACAUCUGUCCCGUCUACGAGGAGUUCGCCCUGCCCCACCUGACGCGGAGAUUGGAUAUAGCUGGUCGCGACAUCACCCGGUACUUGAUAAAGCUGCUUCUGCUGCGUGGUUAUGCCUUCAAUCAUUCCGCUGACUUUGAGACUGUGCGCAUCAUGAAGGAGAAGCUCUGCUACAUUGGCUACGACAUCGAAAUGGAACAGCGUCUAGCCCUGGAGACGACGGUCCUGGUAGAGUCCUACACACUGCCCGACGGUCGGGUAAUCAAAGUCGGUGGCGAGCGAUUCGAGGCACCCGAAGCCCUCUUCCAGCCGCAUCUGAUCAAUGUCGAGGGUGCUGGCAUUGCGGAAUUGGUCUUCAAUACGAUCCAGGCGGCAGAUAUUGAUAUACGGCCGGAGCUGUACAAGCACAUAGUCCUCUCUGGCGGCUCCACCAUGUACCCGGGUCUGCCCAGUCGGCUGGAACGAGAAAUCAAGCAGCUGUAUCUGGAACGAGUACUCAAAAACGACACGGAAAAACUUGCGAAAUUCAAAAUACGCAUCGAGGAUCCACCGCGGCGCAAGGAUAUGGUCUUCAUUGGCGGGGCAGUGCUAGCGGAGGUGACGAAAGAUCGCGACGGCUUCUGGAUGUCCAAGCAGGAGUAUCAGGAGCAGGGCCUGAAAGUAUUGCAAAAGCUCCAGAAGAUCAGUGUUUAGAAAUGGAUCAGAGAUAGUGGGAUGAAGAGAGCGAGGACACUGCACCCGGUGGGAUGAGCUGAUGAGUUGAAGACGAGAAUGAAAAAUUGUAGCAAUUCCUUUUUUGGCUAGUUUAUAUAAGUUGAAAAUUGUUCAGUUUCGCGUGAUGUACUAUUUUUUUGAUGUAUGUGUGCCUGUGCCUGUGCGUGCCUGUUCGUGUGAGAAUGAUUGUGUUCGUGUGUAUGCCUGAGUCCUUUAUUUUUUUGGUCCGCUUCCCGGUUUGAUAUUUUUGAACUCUGACCUCCCCGCCACGUAAUGAAAAAUGUCAUGUUUCUUUCGCUGCUCGAACAGCGCUAAAAUUGUGUCAACUGCAUUAUUAUAUAUAUUUAAAUGAUUAUUAAUAUUACGAUUAAAGCCUAAAUUCCCGUUCUAAAUACACAAUAUACAAUUUAUAUACAUAAUUACAUAUAUAUACGUGUAUAUGUAUGUGAAGUCCCCGCUAUAUAUAUUUUUGUAAAACGCCAACUGUUUCUUUUCAUUUGAAGCGAGUAUUUUCACCUUAAGUAUUAACUAGGCCAAGUCCUGCGAUUCUAAAUCGUGUGCGAACAGGAAAGGAAGUAUAGUGUUGCACAGUACCCAAUUAGAAAGAGAUCGAGAGAGAGUGAGUGUUGAAGUUAUCCUGCUUUUGUUGUGCCUCCCGAGGAUAAGUGAAUAACAAACACAAAUAUUAAAAAGAAAAAUAAGAGAAAAUAUAAUAUUAUUAUAUAAAAUGCGAUUAACCGACUUUAACCGAAAACCCCAAGAGGACAAGCCAAGUCAGUGAGAAGAAGUCAUGCAUUUAUUUUGUCGCCUUCAUGUUCCAAUUUUGAUUUUCGCCUUUUUCUAGUUAGUUGCAAUUCGAUGAUUGUUUUUUUGGGCAAAGCAGACCUAAUUACACCUGCAAAACUAUCUGCAUACAUAUAUGGUAUAUAUUAUGUAUUAACAAUAUAUAUAUAUAUUUGUAUGAACAACGGAGUGUGGUAUGCCAAUUAUAUAAGUAAAUGCAAUAAACAUAAUUAUGUCUAUGAUGUAUACUGUAGUCUAAAGCUGAAUCAUAAACGACUUGGUUUUUUUUUUACCAACUAAAAAAAACAAAAGAAUCACAAUAAAAACAGAGAAAUAC